UUAUUGCUAUGUUUAAAUUAUAUUUUUUAUUAGUUUGUGCCUUGUGGUGGACCAUCAAGUUGUCUUUGUCACUGAGUGGCCAGUCUAGAAUUGGCCAGAUUCCGAUGGCUUGACUCUGACGACAAUAGUGAAAUGACGAAGUUAGCCCUUGCUGCAGCUCGACGAUGACAUUCUUUGUUCCUUGCGCGUGUCAGGGUACAGUUGUCUGCGUCCACUAAAAAUGGUCUAACAAUAAAACAACGUGCAGCUAUGUAAUUUGAUCAAUUAAGCUAAUUGAUUAUGAUGUGAUAAGAAAAAAAAACUAAUUGAUUAUUAAUCAUACAAUCGGACGCUGACAACUGACACUUAAGGAGUGGCAGAUUCGGAUUAUUAUUUAGUAGGGGGAAAUGUAUUAUAUUUAUUUAAAAUAUUAAUAAAAUGUAUUUAAAUUGUUUACAUAUUUCAUUACAUUUUAUAAUAUUUUUCAAGUAUAUGAACAAUGUAUUAGCAAUUUCCAAAAUAGAUAUUAUAGACCAACAUCCAAACCAUUUAAUUAAAGAAAUAUAAAUUAAAUAUUUUUACAUAUUUUUUAAGUAUAUAAAAAAUAUUAGUUAUUUCAAAAUAGAGCAUUUUAGACCACCAUUAAAACCAUUUAUUAAAGAAAAAUAUAAAUAAAAAACUUAUAGGUUAAAGUAAAAAUAAUUACUCUCUUUUAAAAAUAAAAUCUUAUAAUAGAAAAUAUAUAAUAAUAAAUACUAAAUUAAAUUUUGUAUAUUAACUAAUUAAACAACAACAAAAUUAAAAAAUAAAAAUGAAAAUAGAAUGACAUUAGAUCUAAGAUUGGGGGCAUAAGACCAAUUUAAUCUCCACGCUACCGGAUGCGUAACAGCAAAAUAUAAUCAAUUUAAUAACAAAUCAACAACAACUAAGUAAAAUAAAAUUUAUAAAUUUACUUGGGCAAUUGCCUCUGCGCUACAAGAGCAUCUCUAAAAAAAAUUUUUUAACUUCAAGUAUAGAGUGUUUUGCUCUCCAAAAAGAAACUUUCAAACUUUAAAUUUAUAGUUUUGAGUAGUAAAACUUCAUAUUAGAAGUUUCAUAACUCAAUAUUUCAAAUUUAAAAUUUCAUAUUUUUAUUUGUAUUUUGAUCCUUACAAUUAAUUACACACCACAUUUAUGAUUCUUAAAUAUUUUUUGUUAUCGUUUUAAUCUUAAUUAUUAUAUAUCAUAAACAUUUCAAAUUUGUUUUUAUAAAUUUAAGUUUCACACAUAAAAUUAAAUAAAAUUUUUAAAAGAAGAUUUAUAAUAUUUUAAAACUAGAAAACAAGAAUAUUACAAAAAAAACUUAACAAAAGACUUUUUAAGAGAUACAUAAAGACAUAAUUAUUAUACAAAUUUAAAUAUUACAAUAAUAUGGUAUUUUGCUUAUAGUUAAAUAUUUAAUUAUUUAUCUCUAUUUAUAAUUUUAUAUUUUAGUGUAAGACUUUAUUAAUUAAUAUUGCUGUAGUAUUUUUAUAUAUGUGUUCGUUAUUUAUAAAAAAAUUGUGGAUUUACAUUAAUUGUGAUAAAUAUAAGGACCAUAGUGUAAAAUACAAAUAAUUUUAAAGUUAAGUUUGGAGUUUUUUUUUUUGAAAAAAACAUCUUGAAAUUUUAAAUAUAGAAUUUUGAAAACUUUAAAAUAGAGUCUUUUUGAAGAUAUUCUAAGAUGUUUUAUUGAAUUGUAGACAUUUCUUUUGAAUAAUUUUAGUCUUUGUCCAUCUAGGACAUUAGAUAAAUAACAAUUCUACUGCUAUAUAAAGUCAUAAAACUGAUUAGUAAAGCCUAACAUUUUGUCACAAAUUUGAUUAAAUGUAAUAAUUUGAAUGAUAGGAUCUUUCGUACGGUUUCAAUGAUUUAGGGCAUAAUCAAUGUAGAGAUGACUUUGCCCACCAACAUACGUAGAAAUACUAUAAAUUAAUAUACACAAUAAACUAAUUAAAUGUUUUGCUUUCGAUUUGAAAUGAUUCGAAAUAUUACACAAAAUUAAUAAAAUAAUAAAUAUUUUUUUAAAAAAUCUAUGUAAAUAUAUAAUAUAAUUAAUAAUUAAUAAUUUAUAUAUAAAAAGUUUACAUAAGUACAAAAAAACAUUGUAUUAUUUAUGUUAAAUUUACAACGAAAUUCUUUUCUAUUUUUACUACCACUUCAAUCUAUUUUCAUAAUAUUUAGUAAAAUUAUAUUUAGAUUAUAUUUAAAUUCUAUAAAAUAUUUUGUAUACACCAAAUAGUAUAGCAAAAGCUAUAUAAAAGUUGAACUUCUUAAAAUUUUAAUUAAUAUAUUACGAUAAAAUUAAUUAUUUUUAAUUUAUAAAAUAUAUAUAUUAAGUAUAGAGAAAUCUAAAAAAAAAAUUGUAAAUUAAUAACUUUAUAAAUUCAUAAAUUUAAUAGUUGGAACAUUUUAUAGAAUUUUUACUGAAUAAUAAUUUUUAAACAAUUUACUAGACGGUAAAAAUAUGAGAGCAACAAAAAGCGAUUUGGUAAAGGUGGUUUCUCGCAUAAAGGUUUCAAAUCAUAAGUGGGAACCUUUGUUCUUCCAAAUUCAAAAUAACAUGUCCAUAACGAGGCAUUUAUAAACGAUUAAACGAUAUAAAAAGAUGUUUUGUUAUUUGAUCAGCUUAGCAAAUAGUGGUAUGUAAAAUAAUCGUUGAUAGAAAGAUGAAUGAUUAAAAUUGUUGACAAAAAAAAGUAAACUGUAAAAGACUAACAUUUAGAAGUGGGCAAAAAAACCGAACCGAACUAAAACAAACCGACUUAAACUAAACCAAAGUGUAUGUAUAAACUAUUUGGUUUAAAAUUUUAUCAAUCCAAAUAGUUCGGGUUAGUUUAGUUUUAAACCGAACUAAACCGAAAACAUGAAGUGUUUUUUAAUUAGAAUAAUUAAAUAUACUAAUAAUAUUAAAAUUUAAUAAAUUUAACAAUUUAACCUAAAUAACUAAACAUAAUUUUAUACAUUUUGCUUUAAAUAAAUAGAAUAAACACGGCUAAAAAUAAAAUAAAAUAAUAUGAAUAUGAAUCUCAUACAUUAAUAUGAAAACCGGAAAAUUACUUAUGAUAUUUAUAUUAGAUUUGAAUAGAACUAAACGUCACAAAAUGCUAACAUGCACGUCUAAAAAUUUCACGUAGAGGGAGACAGAAUUGUGAUCCAAAAGCGCAUUAACUCUAGUAAUUUUUCGGUUUCAAAAUUAAAUUCAUACAAAGAAGACUUUCUAAGAUAAGACUUGUCCAUUUCAAUCAUAAUUAAUAGCUGUAAAAAGGGUAUCAUAUAGGAUGAACAAGCAUUAUGUGUAAAACGACAUGUGCAAGAUGAUGGACUCAAACAACAUGUGAUCUCAAAGAUGUGUUCCAAAUUUGCAAUGAGUGGCUCAACUUCUUGUCUUCAUCUCCGCUAAAUUCGUCUCCAUGUGCCCUCCUCUCUCCGACCAUUCAAAUUGUUUGGCCAAACCAAUCACCUUAUUUUGAUAAUCAAUUAACCGUUAGUUUACACAACAUGUGUUGUCAAAAGUCAAUUGUGAAGCAAUUAUUUGCCAAAGGAGAAAAAAUUGCCUUGUAGAAAAUUAACAUAUGACUUAUAUCAUCAAAAAGACAGUGUGGUUAAAUAAACUUAGAAUUGAUUUACAGAAAGUCUAAAGUAAAUAUUAAGAACGAACUAACAUUUGAGAACCAAGACAGACGUUUGAGGAUUUGAAAAUUAAAAAGUAAUGACAGGAGAUAAUGGUGAUGUAGUAGCUCACCAACUUCCCAUCUCCCUUCUGACAAAUUAAGCUGAUUAGUAUAAUUAUGCUAGCUGGAGCACUUCGUUUUGUUUUGUUUGUUUAUAUUUACAGUAAAAAUCGAUCUUAUUAGUUAAUUUAGUAAUGGAUAUUCUCUGGUGAAAGUUAUGAAAACUUCAUUAAUGCUCUUAGUGAAUGUUAGGAUUCAUAUUGCGAUUAUACAAGUGUUUGUGAGAUUGAUGAUCAAAAUGAACUUAAAAUUUUCAAAGAAAUUAACACAUUUAAACAAAUCUAUGAUUAGUGACAAUUUAUUGAAUAAAUUCCAAACAAGGUGAAUAUCAUAUAUAUGAAUACAUCCUUUUACCAAAAAAACAAAGAAUACAUCCGAAUUUAAUCAAAAACAAGUUAUUGACUUAACCCCAGUCAGAGUCGGUUUAACAAAUUAGAGAUUAUAAACAGUUUAGUAAAAAAAUUAAUGAUUGUUUUAACAAUUUAGUAGUUUAAAUAUAUAUAUAUAUAUAUAUAUAUAUAUCUUUCUAGAAUUUAGAGAAUAAAACUAAUAUUUCACUAGAUUAUUUUCGGAAGGCUAUGUUCAUUUACAUGUUCCAACGAUCUACGAUUACAAACUGUGACUAAAAUGUUGUAAUCUGCAACCUGCAAUUUACUAUCAAAUGUUGUUCAUUUUACUUUCGCAAUUUUAUUUUAUUUUUUAGUCGAUAGUUUUUUCAGAAAUUUAAACUCAUGAUUUUCCACUGAUCACUCACUGGCAUAAAAAUGAAUAACCUUCAACUUGUGGUAUGCAAUCUAAUCACACAAUCAAUCAAGUGAUAACAAAACAAGCAACAAUUUGCGAUUUACGAUUUAACACAGAUCAGAGUCACAUAUCACUGCAACUUGCAAACGGCCAAACUGUGGAUUUUGGCUCUGAAGACAACACUAAUAUUUUCCUUAACAAAAAAAUACAAAUUAUGCGAAACUCAAGAGCAAUGUGGUCUAAAACUUCCAUAAUCUCUUUUUUGUUCUGACAACGAAAAUCUAAUUGGGCGCUGUCAAAACAAAAUUAAUUGGGCCAUUCAAUAGUAGCUAAAUUAUGUCAAUUAAUAGCUCAAAUAUAACAAACCAGGUUAAUAUGGGCCUUUAGAUCUAAGUUAAGCCUAUUUAAGUUUACAGUUUUGAUUUCAAGCUGAAGAUGUUUUUCAACGGUAGUUUUCCAAAACACUGGCGGGAACGUGAGGAGGUUCAAAUCGCGGCAAUAAACCGCUUUUGCUAAUGGAUUCCGAGCAGAUGGUUGCUUACUGAAGCAACAACUGUGAAAAUCAUUAGGAUCUUUAUUUAGUUUAAAUGCUCUUGGUUUCCAGAAAAAUGCAUACUUUUCGGUACUAUGCAUUUGCUCAUAGGUUGAAUAUGUCUUUAGUCUUACUUCAAUGUUAGCCGCUGUGAAAGGGCCUGUAAUUCAACAUCAAACCUCAAAUCUUUACUAUAGUUUUCUUAUUCACUUUAAAUGAAAGAAAUAUGCUAUAAAUUCAAGUAGAUUUGUCAAAGAAGUAAUCAGCUUUUGUUUUUGUUAGCAUUGUGCUAGUUUACUUGCAUUAGAUUGGGGAAGGUUAAAGGCUACUAUGUUUACCAAGAUUAAUUCGUUUGGCAGUUAAGAACCGAUCAUGACAAACGGCUCUGUAACCAGAUAUUGUCUUAUGUCAGUUGAUGAAAGUGUCAGGGAAACGAAACCGGAAACCUUUACUUUUUUUUAUUGAAUGUUAUGUGUUGCUGUGGUCCAGGCUUCGUGUACAGUUGAAAAACAAAGGCAUUCUGAUAAAGAGAGAUGUGCGUAUUUUAUCCCUUACCAUGCUGAUUGUGUCACUGGAGGAACUCCUGCUGCGAAUAAUCGGAUAAAGAGAGUGCUAAGCGUCAAAACCAGAGUAAUAAAUGUACUUUCUUGCAUUUCACGUCAGAUGAUAUUAUAUAGUCUUGUGUCACAGGCUCACAGCUGAAGCUGAUGUGAUAAAUGGUGCAAGUCAGUAGUGGUAAGCUGCAACUGAAGGAGUUGUUCAGUGAAACACAGCAAAAGGGUAAAGCCAGGCCGCAGUGAAUUUGUUAAAGAUAACUAAUAUUGAAUGCGAGGAGUGUUGGUGGUUUUCUUCCGUAUAGCAAAUUUGAUUGUUUUGAACCAAAACAAUACAUGUUUAAAUCAUACCUACUCGCUAAUGAUAAAGUCAACAUUUACAUGAAUUAUUGAUAUGGUGAUUAGGAUGUUGGUUAAUUAGGGGAUGACUAAUUUCAUUUGUGAAUGUAGAUUCAAUGUAUUUAUUGAUAUGGCUCCUACAGUCACAUUCGCAAGCUUCUUUAGUGUCAAACCUAAAAGAGUGUUAACAUUUAUUUCUGUCUCUUUAACGUAAAUAUUUUUUGCAGUGCUUAUAAAAGCUUGCUUUUUUUCAUAAAACUUUAAUCUGAGUUCUAUAUAAAAUAUAGUAUACAAUUCUUUCACGGAAAAUUUUCUAGUAAUAAUUAAAAUUAAGAAUAUGACGAGAAAGAGAGGGAAUGUGAAUUAUUCUAUAUAUAAUAUUUAAAAAGGUCAAUGACCUGUGGAUUGUUAUAUUUUAAACUGUAAAGGAAUUUGCUGAAACAUCGGAUCUGGCCAGUGGGCUCGUACAAGAAAACCCCAUGUUCGGCCUCAUAUCAUUGUCAGUCUCAGUUUUAGACAUUUAAACAAUGGGGUGGUUGACCAUAAAAACAAUGGGGAGAAGAAAUAGAUAAGAGAUGGGACUGCAUGUAGUUUAUAUUUCUUAAGAUAAAAGUUUUCUUUACACCAAAAAAGAGAAGAUAAAGCUUUCUACUUCGAAAAUAAUAAGAGGUUACAAGAUAUUGACAAAUCUUACUAUUGAGUAGGAUUAUUUGACGGUGCUUUUGUUUGCAGUUAGAUGUUCUACGUGAGAAAAUAAAAGAAAUAACGUGUGGCAUUAGGAUUAAUAUGAUUGUAGCAUCGAGUCACAACCACAUGGCACAACAUGAUAUCUCAUGACCACAUGACCACAUGGCAUAAUCUGAGUUGGUAAUUAAAAAAUAAGAAAAAUAAAGCAAUAAUUGAAAGGAAAAAAAAACAAUCAUUUGCAUAGUUGGAGGUUUUGACCCAAAAAGCAAAACUUGUUUUAAGAUUCAAACCCCACAUUCUCCUUCCAUUUAACUGUCUUUUUCUUCUUCUUUCUCUUCUUCAACACAAUACAGACAUAAGAAGAUGGGGGAAAGACACGCAUGUUAUGUACUUGCAUAUGUGUUACUGUUAAUGUAUAUGUCGUCUCAAGUCGAGUGCAGCAACCAAGUGCACGCCCUGAGCCGCCUCUACCUUUCAAAGCGAGGGGUUGGUUCCUCCGUGGACACAACCCAUUUCAAGGCGGUUAAAAACUUGAAACCGUCUUCGUCCCCUAAUGUUGUUAACCAAAAGGAGUUAAGAAAGAGAGAUCUUAUACGGAGAUUGCCCGGGCAACCUCCAGUUGAUUUCGAUCAGUAUGGUGGCUAUGUCACCGUCAACGAAUCCGCGGGACGUUCCUUUUUCUACUAUUUCGUGGAAGCCUCCUCCAGCAUUAAGGAUUCUUCUCCUCUGUUUAUAUGGCUCAACGGCGGACCGGGAUGCUCAUCACUAGCGUAUGGAGCAUUACAAGAGCUUGGGCCAUUCAGAGUGCACAGCGACGGCAAAACGCUCUUCAGAAACCGCUAUGCAUGGAACAAUGCUGCGAACGUGUUGUUCUUAGAAUCCCCAGCAGGAGUGGGAUUCUCGUACACCAACACGACAUCCGAUCUCGAGAAGCAUGGGGACAGGAACACGGCAUCCGAUAACUACAUUUUUUUGGUCAAGUGGCUGGAGAGGUUCCCUGAGUUCAAAGGCAGGGACUUGUACAUUGGCGGUGAGAGCUACGCUGGACACUAUGUUCCUCAACUAGCCCAUACUAUCCUUGCCCAUCACCCGAAGAGCUUCCUCAAUCUCAAGGGCAUUUUGAUAGGUAACGCGGUGAUUAACGACGAGACCGACUUGAUGGGCAUGUACGACUUUUUCGAGAGUCACGCGCUCAUCUCCGAGGAUUCUUUGCUUCAACUCAAGAAUAACUGCGAUCUCAAGACGGAGUCUGCGAGCGUGAUGACCGAGGAGUGCGCGGUGGUGUCGGACCAAAUCGACAUGAAUACAUAUUAUCUGGACAUCUACAACAUAUAUGCUCCCUUGUGCCUCAACUCCACGCUCACUCGCAGGCCCAAGAGAGGAACCACAAUAAGAGACUUCGACCCGUGCAGUGACAAUUACGUGCAGGCCUACCUGAACAGGCAUGAGGUUCAGGUAGCCCUGCACGCUAACGGUACAAAGCUACCUUAUGAGUGGAUGCCAUGCAGCAGUGUGAUAAAGAAGUGGAACGAUAGUCCUACCACAGUCAUUCCUCUGAUCAAGGAGCUGAUGGGUAAGGGUCUCCGCGUCUGGGUGUUCAGUGGGGAUAUGGACGGGAGAAUCCCGGUCACGUCGACCAAAUACUCGCUCAAGAAGAUGAAUCUAACAGCCAAAACGGCUUGGCAUCCGUGGUACCUAGAUGGAGAGGUGGGAGGAUACACUGAAGAGUACAAAGGGAAGUUGACUUUUUCUACCGUGAGAGGGGCUGGUCAUCAAGUUCCCAGCUUCCAACCAAAACGUUCUCUUUCACUCUUCAUUCACUUCAUCAAUGACACUCCUCUCCCUGACACCUCUCGUUACUAAGUAUUCACAUCUGAUAUUGUUGAUUUCUUCUUCUAAUUAGCUUUUAUUUAAUCGCACAUCCAUUCUUUAUCUAUUCAGUAACUUUAAAUGUCAAUAUUUUUUUUAAUCACAAGCUCAAAAGAGCAAUUUAUCUGUUUACCAUAUCUAUCGUGCCCACAUGUUCUACACUACUAAGAUGGCACAUUCAGUUGAUCACAUCUUUAGGAGUAUGUAAAAGGAGAUGCAUACCAAGAAGUGAUGAACCUUGACAUCUUUCCAAGCCGAUAAUAUUCGUGAUUUCCCAAUAAGCGCUCCUGAAUACCCUUGUAAUAAUUGAAAAGAAGAGAAGCCUCAUGGGCGUAUAUAAAGAAGACUACGUUGGUAAAUCCGAUAGUGACAUAUGAUGCG